AUGAUCGAGCCAUCUUUGAAGAUCUUGGCCUCCAAGUACAACUGCGAGAAGUCUAUCUGUCGUAAAUGUUAUGCUAGAUUGCCACCAAGAGCCACUAACUGCCGUAAGAGAAAGUGCGGUCACUCAAACCAAUUGAGACCAAAAAAGAAGUUGAAGUAA